AUGCACAGCCUCACCGUGUUGACACUAGAGUCAGCCGCUGCUCCUGUCAGACUCACCUGGCUGCUUCUGACCAUCACCUUCACCUGCACAGACAUGGGCUGCAUCCAGAGCAUCGCCUGUAACAAGUCACGCAUCAAGCGGGAGAACAUCGUGGUGUACGACCUGUCUGCCACCAUCGACCACUGCCCCACUGUCAUCGAGGAGAACUCGCCGAUAGUACUUCGGUACAAGACGCCCUAUUUCAAAGCCUCGGCGCGGAUUGUGAUGCCGCCCAUUCCACGCAAUGAGACAUGGGUGGUAGGCUGGAUCCAAGCCUGUACCCAGAUGGAAUUUUACAACACCUAUGGAGACAUCGGCAUGUCGAGCUGGGAGCUGCCUCAGCUGCGAGAAGGUCUGGUGAGGGCCAUCAGUGACUCAGACGGCGUGAGCUACCCUUGGUAUGGGAAUACAACAGAGACCGUCACCAUCGUGGGACCCACCUCCAAGCCGUCCCGCUUCAUUGUCAGCAUGAACGACAAUUUCUACCCAAGUGUCACCUGGGCUGUGCCAAUCAGUGAAUCCAACACACCCUUACUCACUAACAUCAAACGGGACCAGAGCUUCACCACCUGGCUUGUGGCGCUCAACACCACGUCCAGGGAAAAGAUCCUGCUCCACACCAUCAAGUGGAGGAUGAGGGUUGAUAUUGCAGUGGAUCCGUCGCUGCCUCUUGGCUCCAGAGCCAGACUGGUGGGUCGGGUGCAUCAGGACCAGCCUCGGGUGCUGACCCGCAUGGAGCCCAUCCCCUCUAACGCCAUGGGGAGGCCCAACGCCAACGAUGCACAGGUCCUGAUGUGGAGGCCGAGGAGAGGGCCUCCACUUGUUGUUAUACCGCCCAAAUAGAGCGUUUCAUCACAUCACAGUGGGCCACUUCUGCAGCGAAUCAGCCAGACAAAAACAGACAUGGAAGCUCUGUAAGCAGGUUGUUUGACCUGUUAACGGCAUAAAUAAGAAUUAAAUCUUUGGCGUGUAACAUCUUGAAGGGACAACUGCCUUAAUUACCCACUGCUGCCUUUGACGAGCCAGAAAGUAUGUCAGUCUCGAUGCCAGGUGCUGUUGAGCUGCUGGUUCUUCAAGCAUUUAUUUCAGUCUCAGCACAACUGAGCAAAGAAUUGUAUACCUUUGAAAAAUUGGCCACCAGUGCUGGGAUGUAACACGACUCUGCGCUGUAGUCUGGCCCAGAAAAGAAAGAAACGAUGAAUCAAGCCUGAACACAGCAUGUUU